AUGUCUGAAAGGUGGGAUUCAGAAAAAGAAAAACUCAGUACUCUUUCUGAUGUGGCAAAAUUCAACUAUGCCUUGAAGCAGUUUCAGACACUGAUUGGAAAAACAGUCGCCCAGAAGAGGGAGGAAAGAUUAGGGAUGUACAUUAAAGAUCAGGAUGAAAUAGAUUAUGAUACAUUCUAUGAGACAGUACAAACCCUCUUUGGUCCAGAAGUGAAGGAUCAAGACGUUAAGACCUUUUUCAGGAAGAUUAGCAACAACCCUGAUGGAAAGAUAGAAUGGUGUGAGAUCUUUGGCUAUUUUAUAGUAGAAGGUGAUGCCCUUGCUUCCCAGCUAGAUGAAGAAAACAUGGUUUUCCUGGUGUCCCGAAGACAGCGGAUUACAAAAGCAGGUGUCAAGAGACGAGAUGUGAUUAAGUGUAUAGCAAAGGUGCCACAGUUGGAUUUCAUGAUAACAGCAUCUCAGAAGGGAACGUUAACCAUUUUUAACAGUCAGAUGAGGGUUCUGACAAGCACAAACAUUGCAGAUAGUUCCUGGGUUACUGGAUGCGAUUAUCUUACUCAGCUCAAACGGGUUGUUGCUGUAACUGAAAGGACUGUUGUCAUCUGGGAUUAUAAAUCACAAGGCAGCUGCCAGGAUAAUUGCUUCAUCAUCAAACCAAUGGAACAUUGUCUGCUCUGUGUUUGUACAGUGAAUUUAGGAGAUCAGCUAGCUAAGGAUGACAUCCUAAUGGGAGAUGAUGGAGGUCAUGUCAACCUUUUUACAGUGACCAGUGAUGACUUUGGACUAGGCAAUCCAACCAAAAAGAAAUCACAAUUACAGAUCCUGGACUCCAGGAAAUUCAAGAAUAUUAAACGAAAACUCCAUGAUGACUGGGUUGUGAAGGUUAAGUUUAUCUCUGUCCUGAAUUGUUUUGGAUCCUGCUCCUUAGACAGUGUUCAUUCGUUCGUUCUGGAUGACUUAAAGAGACUAGAGGACAACAUACCUGUUAGGGAGUUUUCUGUCCCAAGAGGAGUUAAUGCCUUCACAUACUGUGGAAAAGCAAAUAUCAUUGUUACUGGAGGUGAUGAUAAAGUUCUCCGUUUAUGGCAUCCCAAUAUAAACACCAAGCCAGUGGGGAAAUUGUUGGGACACUUAUUUAGUGUCAUGGAGAUUGUCACAAAUGAAAAAGAUCAGCACAUUAUUAGCCUUUCCGCUGCAAAGGUUUUCAGAGUGUGGGAUAUUCAGACCCUUUCGCUGCUGCAGAUCUUCCACGAUAGUCAGGGGAAACCUACAGAAAUGCAGAUCUAUGCCAUGAUAUUUGACAAUAACCAUAGCACGCUUAUUACAGGGUCAUCUGUCAUUGAUAUUUAUCCUCUAACCCGGAUGAUACAAGACACCAAACAGGUUCCACAAACGCACGAAAGAAACAUCAAUGUACUGGCUUACAACAGGGCUUUUCAUCAAGUUCUCACUGUCUGUGCUGAAUCUAUUGUGAAGGUGUGGGAGCUAGAAUGGCACCAAAUCUACCAGAUUGAAGAUGCCCAUGGGCCUAAUAUUGAAGUGACCUGUGCAGCAAUUGAUAAAAAUGGGUUUUACCUUGCUACAGGGGCCUAUGAUGGAACAUUGAAAAUCUGGGAUUUUGGAAGUGGGCAGGAAAUUAAAGCUUUGCCUGUCGCAAAUGACAGCAAAGAUGAUGAGCAGUGGCUGCUGCAGCUAGUUUAUCUGAAGGCUAGUAAGAGUCGGCAUGUGAUCCUGGCUUUGGAACACAGUGGGAAGAUCCAAAUCAUUCAGGGUAAUGAAGGUGAACCUCAUCUGACUGUUACAUGGGAGCUCCCUGAGGCUGUGUCACUUAUUCUGCAAGGGAAUCCAGUCUUGUCUCUAUGUCUGAAACCCAAUGCCAGGAAAACAAAUGGUUUUUUUCCAGAUGUUCAUCUGUUGUUUGACACAGAUCCUAAGAGAAAUAAUGAAACCCAGAAUUUACCACUGGGUGAAGAAAUGAAGUGCUUUGAUGUGUUAAAAGUAGAAGGAUACAGCUUGAUAGCUACUGGAAAUGCACAUGGUGCAAUAAUCUUGUGGGAUUUUGAAUCUGCUACUGUCAGAUACUUGGAUAAAACUUAUCAGGCUGGUCAAGAUGCUACCGGUCAAGUAUAUGGAGUCAAUGCUGUGCUAUUCCUCUUCCGGAGUGAUUUCUCUUCCAGUCACUGCUCCUCCACCACUUCAUCCCUUGUAAGUGAUAUGACUGCCACACAGGAUGCAGAAGGCAGCCACUUGAGUCUAAACAAGGAAGAUGUAAACAAUGGAGAGUCUCCAGCAACAGUAGAAGGGGAAGAGACAACCAACAAGGAAGACGUGCAACCCUCUGACACCAAAAAAUCAGCUUCUGGCUUCUCCAGAAACACAGCUGGACAUACAUGCUCACCAGUACUGGCCUCUGCUCAUGAAAAUGGCUGUGUCUGUCUAUGGACUAUUGGGGGAGAUUUACUGAGAGAAGUUUUGCCCUUCACAAAGCAUCCUGCAAUUCCUCUGACUGCUCUGUGCACAGAUAUCUCCGCUAAAAUGCUUUUAGCGGCCACCAAGGAGGGGCAUAUUAUGCACUGGAAUAUUAGCUCAUUCCUGGAAGAUCCACAGGAUGAAAAUAAGCAAAUAAAGCAGCAGCUCUACUGGCGAGCUCAUUCCACCAAAGUGGUCAGCCUAUUCUAUGAGGAGGAGAAAAACCUGGUAGUGACGGCUUCUGUGGAUGGUUCUGUCAGGCUCUGUCACGCACCAAAUGGACACUAUAUUGGUUACUUCGGACAGCGCAGGGUGUUUGAAUUAUCUGAAUCCAGUGAUUUGAUUUUGCCCUGUGAUGUUAAUGAAUUUCCCAUUAUAAUCAAAGAAGACAGCAAGUACAUGGAAAAGAAGCAGAAGUUUGAAUAUCCUCUAAUACUGGACAGGAAGAAGUGGAAAUCAUUGACCAAAUCAUCCUUGCUUUCAAAAAAGCCUAGACCCUUCGAAGUGGAUCAGGAUUUCAAGUUUUUCAAAGCCCUAGCUUCUCCUAAGAUUAACAGACAACCUUUGGAAAGUUUCAAGUCAGGAAACAAAGAGGCUGGUGUUGUGUUUGGGUCUAUACCUAUAUACAGGGUUCUCAGUCUAACAAGUCACAACGCUCUCCACCAGUUGGGGUCAAAAGAGAAGCAAGACUCAGUGGACACGAUCUUCAAAAGGAUUAAGCAUCAUAGAUUUUAUGAGCCAUCACGUUUAUCCAAGAGAAGAAGUGCAAAAAAUAGCCAGGCUACAGCGGCAAAUGUGAUCCAGUCCUUUGCCAUCUCCAUUUCCUUCCAAGGUGCAAAACCCUAAAAACUGCCACUGCUGUUAUCAAAAAUAAACCUUGAGAUCACUGCAAAUCAUACGUAGUCAAAGUAAUUGUUA